AUGCUGAUAGGUCUGUUCUUCUGUAUUUUUCUCCCUUAUAUGUGUUGUGAGGGUGAUGAUACAGAGAAAAAUAAAGAUGUUUAUAGAGAAAAAGUGACAGCAAUCCCUGAAAUACUAAAAGAUGGAACCGAAAGAGUCUACUUUAUUAAAAGUCAGAUUGAUGUCAUACCUACAGGAGCUUUUGUCAAAAACCCUCAACUAGAGACAGUGGAAUUUCUUGAUACAUCAACGUUCUCUGUAGAUGAAGGUGCAUUUGAAGGUUUGGAGAAUCUAAAAAACAUUGAGAUUUCAGGGACUAAUGUGACAUCGCUACCUGUUGGACUUUUUAAGAAUCUUCCCAACCUUGAAAAACUGGUUCUGACAUCAAACAGGAUUCAGAACAUUGAAAAGGGGCUGUUUGAUUCUAACAAGAAUCUAACAACACUCCAACUGAAGGAUAAUAAUAUUUCAUCAAUUGAAGAAGGAAUGUUUGACCAUUUGGAGAAUCUCAUCAGCCUUCAUCUAGCCAAGAACAGUCUUACUUCUGUCUCAGCAUCACUUUUUGCUAAUCUUAAGAAACUGCAGUUUUUCAGAUUAUAUGAAAAUCAGGUGACAUCCAUGCCAAAUGGAAUUUUUGAUAAUCUUCCUAAUCUGAAGGAAAUAGCCUUACAAAACAACAGAAUUACACACAUUCAACCAGACUUCUUUCCACAUAAAAACAAAUUAAUCAAACUUGCAUUGGACAACAAUUUGUUAACUGAAUUGACGCCUGGUUUAUUUGGAGGAUUCUCGGCGCUCAAAUACUUAACAUUAAAUCACAAUCAGCUGACCUCUCUGCCCUCUGUGCUAUUUAAUGAAACCAUAAACUUGUCUGAAUUGUUCCUAAAUCACAAUAAUCUUACAUACUUACCUGCUGGGGUUUUUCAUCCACUGAAGAAGCUGAAAAAAUUAGACCUGUCCUCUAAUCACUUUUCAACUCUGUCUAGUGAUUUUUUUGAGGGGCUGGAGAAACUUUCAGAGCUUAAUCUUCAAAAUAAUGACAUUGAAACAUUGAAGCCGGAGGACUUUUCACAGCUCCAGUCUAUUUCAACCCUUAGACUAAAUAACAACAAACUGAGAACCCUUCCAGGUGAGCUGUUCGAUUCUCUGCCAAAACUUUCUAAGGUGUAUUUGAACAACAACCCAUGGCACUGUGACUGUAACCUGCUGUCAUUGUACGAUUGGAUGGAAGUGAAUAUAGACAAGAUCAAGUCCAAUGGAACGUGCGAGCAUCCAGAGGAUAUGAAAGGCUCUGCCGUCCUGUCAUUGAAGAAAGAACAAAUGGUAUGUCCAACAACCGUGCUCAUCAGUACAUCUUCACCCACAACCUUUUUACCUACAACCACUAAACCUGUGCCAACAACACUGAAAACAACUGUGUUACCCAUCACCACUCCCCUGAUGACAACCACCACUCCACUUUUGACUACAACAACCAAGCUCACAACAACACUAUCAACAGUUUUACCGACCACACAACUACAAACAACAGCCCUAACCACUCUUUACCCAACCACCUUAAAAACCACACGGCCUACGACUUUGCUGAAAACUACAGCAACACCAUCAACAACUCUUCCUUCUACAUUGGCUCUGACAACUACAUUAAUCAUUACAUCCACUACAACUCCAACCACAGUACUCACCACUACAGUAACAAGCACGCUGGCAAGUACUACAACUACAGCUCUUACAACUUCUACUAUGGUGAUGCCAACUACAACAACUCCAAAAACUACAACCACUACACUCCGCACUACAAGCAGGAGCAUCCCUUUCAGAACCUUUGAAUGUGCUAAUUUUUCCAACCCUCAGGUAUCUUCUGAAUUGUUCUUCUCCUCUCAAGCAGUACGAGAAUCAACAUGUAAAUCUUUAAUGAUUUUCUAUACUACAGCAUUGGUGCUUGAGAUUGUUUGCACAAUAGUACUAGCUAAGUUCACUUACCUUGUGUAUUGCUUGCUUCAGGAAAAAGAAAAGCUUUACUCUAAAGUUAACCUGACCCACUUCUCCUACACUAAAUCCAUUACUCUGAGACCAGUCCAGGAGAUUGAGACUGUGGCUCUCUAAGGAAACUUAAUUAAUAUGCUUAACAAGAUUGAAAUUUGGGAAAAAUAACCAAAUAUAUUCUUUACUCUUUGUAUGUUUCUC